AAUGAUGACUUUUAUAAUCAUGUCAUAUGCGGUGACAGUAAGUCCUAUAUAUUACACUAAUCAUAUAGACAUAACUCAUAUGAAGCUACACUUAUUGGUCAGCUACAGGGGAUCAAGUUCUGUUAGAUGGAAUAGUCUAUUUGAAGAAAGAAUCUGACAUUGCAUUUACAAAAGGAGCACUACAAAUUCCUAGAUAAUACCAUCAGAAUCCGGGCGAGAAAUGGCCGAGAGAGAAGAGAUUGAGAGAGAGAGUAAGCAGCUGCAAGACGGAGUUUUCGAAACGGAAGAAAUUGUGGAGGAGAAAAAAAGACUGCAGCCAUGGACACAACAGAUUACAAUAAGAGGGGUGGUAUCAAGUAUCAUUAUAGGGAGUUUGUACAGUAUUAUUGCCAUGAAGCUUAAUUUGACAACUGGGAUUACUCCGAAUUUGAAUGUCUCUGCUGCGCUUCUGGCUUUCGUGUUCAUGCGUUCUUGGACUAAGAUGUUGCAUAAGUUUGGAAUCACGACAACUCCGUUUACCAGACAGGAGAAUACUAUGAUUCAGACAUGUUCAGUUGCAUGCUAUAGUAUAGCUGUUGGAGGUGGAUUUGGAUCAUACCUUUUAGGAUUGAACAAAAAGACAUAUGAGCUAACAGGAGGUGCUACUCAAGGGGUUUCUGCUGGGAGAUAUAAGGAACCAGAGAUUGGUUGGAUGACAGCCUAUCUUUUCUUAGCUUGUUUUGUUGGUCUUUUUGCUUUGAUUCCUCUACGAAAGAUCUUGAUUGUGGAUUACAAGCUGACAUUUCCAAGUGGAAUGGCUACUGCUGUUCUUAUCAAUGGAUUUCAUACCAUGGGCGACGAAUCAGCCAAGAAACAAGUAGCUGGAUUUUUGCGUUACUUUUCAGUUAGUUUCGUAUGGGGUUUUUUCCAGUGGUUCUUCACCGGGAAAGAAGAGUGUGGCUUUGCACACUUUCCUACUUUUGGAUUGGAAGCCUACAAGAACACAUUCUACUUCGAUUUCAGCUUGACUUAUGUGGGAACAGGAAUGAUCUGUCCUCAUAUAGUGAACUUGUCCCUGCUUUUUGGAGCUGUGAUCUCAUGGGGUAUAAUGUGGCCACUCAUCGAAAAACAUAAAGGAAAUUGGUAUCCUGCAGAUUUACCUGAAAGCAGUAUGAGGGGGCUGAAUGGUUACAAGGCAUUUAUCGCGAUAGCCCUUAUUCUGGGUGACGGCCUCUACAUGUUCACUAAAAUUUUGUUUAUUACCUGCGCAAGUAUGCAUGGCAGAAUGAAGAACAAGAACAAACAUAUAGCAGAAGUAGAUGAUCAGAACAAAACCCCGAAUGAUUUAAAGCAAAACGAGCUCUUCCUAAGAGAGACUAUUCCCUUCUGGGUAGCAGCUGUGGGAUACGUAGUCUUUGGCAUUUUAACUGUUAUUGGAGUUCCCUUCAUAUUCCCAGAACUCAAGUGGUAUUAUGUCAUAGUAGCCUACAUUUUUGCUCCCUCUCUAGCCUUCUGCAAUGCUUAUGGAGCUGGUUUAACAGAUUUCAACAUGGCUUACAAUUAUGGGAAAGUGGCGCUUUUUCUGCUAGCAGCAUUGGUAGGAAAAGAGCAUGGAGUUGUUGCAGGGUUAGCGGGAUGUGGUCUAAUCAAGUCUGUGGUUUCUGUUGCUUGCAUUCUAAUGCAAGAUUUGAAAACAGGCCAUCUCACAUUAACAUCUCCUCGCGCUAUGUUACUGAGCCAGAGCAUUGGCACAGCAAUAGGCUGUGUGGUGGCUCCGCUAAGCUUCAUGCUUUACUACAAAGCAUUCGACGUGGGGAAUCCUACUGGAGAAUUCAAGGCUCCUUAUGCUGUCAUAUAUAGAAGCAUGGCAAUUCUCGGGGUAGAAGGCUUUUCAGCUCUACCUGACCAUUGCUUGCAGCUCUGCUAUGGGUUCUUCUCAUUCGCUAUAUGCAUUAACUUGGUUAAAGACAUGUUGCCAAAGAAGAUAGGAAAAUGGAUGCCACUGCCAAUGGCCAUGGGAGUUCCUUUCCUGGUGGGCAGCUAUUUUGCAAUAAGUAUGUGCAUAGGAACCGCGAUUGUGUUUACUUGGGAAAAGCUUAAACCAAGAAAGGCGGAGCUGAUGGUUCCAGCCGUCGCUUCAGGGCUAAUAUGUGGAGAGGGACUCUGGAUCCUACCAUCCUCCAUUCUUGCCUUGGCAAAGAUAAAGCCUCCUAUCUGCAUGACAUUCCUAGCUUCUUAAAUACACCACAAACUAUAGUAGUUUGCAUACUUUAGUAGAUAAGGUGUCCAUCAAGUCGACUCCUAUGUAAAAGGUUUCAGAAUUUGUUCAAGCUCCAGAUAAUUAGUUCAACAGAAGUGCCAUAAUAAAUAGUUGUUCAAGUCA